AUGGAUCCCGGAUCGCCUUCUUUAUUAUGGCCGUUGCGCCUGAGCAAACCAGCGGUGACUGUACCGGUGCCUGUCAACGAAGAGAACAACAAAGCCGAGGACAGGGCGCAGUCUCCAUCUUUAGCUGACCGCCUGUCUGCAGCUCCUUCGCCAUCCAGCCCAGCUCCCCCGAGUCCCUCGCCGCCUCAACACCAGUUCCAAGCGGCCCUGGUAGCCGAGAAGUACCUCCUGCUAGAACAAGUGGAAGGUUCUUCAUUAUGCCGGUGUGUGGACGUGCGCACGCACGAGGAAUACGUUUGCAAAGUAGUAUCAAGAGAUUGCAGUAGCCUCUUACAAGCGCACUACCGUCUGGAUGGACAUCCUCACGUGAAUCCCAUCCACGAGGUGUUGGUUGGUGAUAAAAGGGUGUACCUCAUCUUCCCUCGCUCGCACUCAGAUCUCCACUCGUAUGUCAGAGCGAGAAAACGUCUCCGGGAACACGAAGCAAGGAAACUGUUCAGACAAAUGGCUGAAACUGUAGCAGCUUGCCACGAGCAAGGCAUUGUGUUACGAGACCUCAAGCUGAGGAAAUUCGUCUUCGCUGAUCCCCAAAGGACGACUUUAAAACUCGAGUCGCUGGAAGAUGCUGUAGUUUUAGACGACCCCAAAGAAGAUCUGCUCCAAGACAAGCGAGGCUGUCCUGCGUACGUGUCACCAGAGAUUUUAAGAGCUCAUCGGACCUACUCUGGACGAGCCGCAGAUAUGUGGUCCCUUGGAGUUAUCCUGUACACCAUGCUUGUUGGAAGAUAUCCCUUCAACGACUCGGAGCACGCGUCGCUGUUCGCUAAGAUAUCACGCGGAUACUUCGUGGUGCCGGAGUGUUUGUCGUCUCGUGGUAAAUGCCUCAUCCGUUCUCUGUUACGUCGCGAGGCGUGUGAGCGUCUGAGCGCGGCGGAUGUGUUGAGGCACCCUUGGCUGGCCCGGGACCCUCGCAACGAGCUGCCCCCGAGAGCCGCCGCCAGCCACGACCGGCUCGUGCCAGACAUACAAAUGGACAUCUAG